AUGUCGAAACCAUCGAAACAGAGACUAAUCACCGAGCCAAAAGUCACCGAUAUCUACCCCGGGCUUAAUGAGAUUACUGAUGCCUUUGAGGCUUUCCCGUAUGAUCUUGUGGGAUACUUUACGUUAUUGAAGGAAAUAGAUGCGAAGUGUGUGUAUACGGUGCCGUAUAUGAAAGCGUACAUUCAGCGGUUUCUUCGAAUGAAGAAAAAUCAUCCAAAGAGGGAUCAGUUGCUUGCCAAAAUAAGGGAUAUGAUUCGAGAGUUGAUGCCCUGUCUGGAGGAAAAGAUGCAUGUGGCAACUAUAGCGUCGGAUAUAGUAAGCAAGCACUUUGCACGUAUCGAUCAAUGCUUCGAGAUUGUCUGCCAGAAGGAGAUACCCGAGUUAGUGAGAGUGGGAUCUAUGCGCGAUCCAUGCAUUAGACCUUCAGAGGCUCAAGAGGUGUACAAACGUAGCAGUGAUAGUCGAGAGGAGGUUAUGGAAACUCGGCAGAAAGAGGAAGAUGAUCAGAAGACCAAGAGGUCCAGGAAACAUGCUGUAAACGGUAAUACUUUGCCGACGACACAGACUGCGUCGUCACAUCCGCAUCAACAACAUGUGAAUGGAAACGGACGUGGAAAGAAAAGGAUGGGGGAAGAAGGGGAGCCGUUACCAAGAAUAGGAAGUAAGAAGAGUAAAUCUACACGGGGACCGAAGCGGGAGGCUACAGAAUCCACAGAAACAGUGAGUUCUGAGCUGAAAGAUCCAUCUUACACUGGGGAUAUUGGAUAUCCAGGUGGCUCUGCACGGACAAGAAGAGUCAGAAGGUUGGAAGGAGUGAAUGAUGGCUUUGAGAACACAUCUAUGUCGACAGGAGUUCCCGGGGCGUCAGUGGGGCCUAAGGAAACAGAGGAAACUAUGGAACCAAAGGAACCGAAGGAACCGAAGGAACCUAAGGAACUCAAGGAACAUAAGGAGUCUAUGAUGCACAUGGAGCCUACAGCACGUACUUUGCCUACCGUGGACUACAUACCGGAACAAGAUCAACCAGAUCCCGAAAUCAGCAAGAAAUUGGCCUCCGCAGUGGCUGCAGUGCGUGCUCAAGGAAAAGGUCAGACAACUAUUGCAGACAUAGCUACGGCAAUGGCAGGGAUUCCACAAGAUACCAUGACCGGAAGCGGUGGCGCGCGUAAGCAUAGAAGGGCAGUGCCAGAUGAGUAA